AUGUUCUCACCGGCGCUUCACGAGGGCGGGCCCGCCAAGGGCACACGAAGUAGUCGACGACGACAACGACCCUCGAGUUCCGACACCCUAGAGCAACCUAAAGCCAAGCGUCAGCGAGUCCCAUUGUCCGAGACGACGUUCGCCAACCCCGAUGUCCCCGCCGAUGCCCGCCCCGAGAUGUUCGAGGUGAAAUCCGACAAGACCAGCCUGUCGGGUAUCAAGCGCGAUGGAAUCGAGAAUUUCGGAGCCCCCCGCAAGGAGCUCAGUGUCCGGUCCAGAAAGCCAAAGGCUGGAGAGAGAGUCAGCAAGGGGGAUGGGAGCAUUGUCCUGACUACAAACAAUGCCUACACAGUCAGCAAGCUGCCGGCCCUGCCCGACAGACUCCGUGCAGAUUCGCAAGACCGACAACAUGGCGCCAUCUACUCCUCCAGUGGCUAUGCCCUCACCCUCGGACAUACCCAUGCCCUUGUUUGGCCUUAUACCUCGACGACCCCGUCACCCGAAACCUUCACUUUUGCGCUGCCCUACCCGGCGAAACAUGCCUCGGACCCCCUUCCUCUCGGCUCGCUAGUCUCGCCCUCGGCCUCAUCUGAAGAACCUGGCCUAGUCAUUGUCAUGCCCGUCAGCGGAAAGAUCGCCUACUGGGAAUCAAUCUCCAGUGCUGCCACUCUUGACUUCAUUCGCCAGCAACGAACUGGAGUCGAGCAUGCCGUCCACGGCAUGUUUUCUGGGGAACAUGUUGUGCAGUUGGUCAACGCCGAAUCGGCUGGAUUUGUGCUUGUGUUUAGCAGCGGCCGAAUGGCCUACAUGAGCGUGAGAGAUGGACAUGGCCGGCCCGCAAUAUCGGUUCAGUUCCUUCGCGGCGGACUCGGCAAUGCCGUCGGGGGCUUCUUCGGAAGCAUCCGUCACGCCCUCACCGCCGCAUCUCUGAGGGGCGAUCUCGCUGCCGUGCGUGCGAACAACGGCCCCAAGGUCGGAGAACGAGUGAUUGUCGCUGCGACAUCCAAGGGCAAGCUCCACUCGUGGAGACUCCAUCGUGGUGGUCAUCAUGAUGCCCUCGCCGAGGUUGAUGUUCGCGAGGCCGUCAUAAGUGCCGCGCACGACAGCGAUGCAUCAAGCAGACGCCUUCCGGCGGAAUCAUUCGAAGUCGUUGACCUCACAUUUGUCCCCCGCGGUAUCGAGCGAAAGUACAGCGACCUGACUCGGUUCAGCCGCGCCAUAUACUCCGAGGACGACUCGCUGCAACACCUCCUGCUCUUGGUGUCGUUCGGCGGCAAGCGCCACUAUCGGUAUUCGCUGGUUGAGAUUGCCCUAUCGGCAGGAACUUUCGAGGUUGGCAUGAUACGGCCUCUCACAUCCUAUACUAGCCCUGUCAGAGCCGAGGCGCCGGAGCGACCGCGACUUUAUGUCCCCAGGCCUGCAUUGGUUGCGUUUGUCGUGUUCGACCGGGCCGUUGUCGUUGCGUCUCUGGCUUCGCCGCCCGAUUCCCCGGACUCUCAACUCCAGGAGGAGAGCCACAUGAUCCCGGCCACUUUUGAAGAUGUCAUCGAUUUUCGAGAUGAAGACACUCUGGAGAUAGUGGGCUCCGGUAUUGAGGAGCCCCUGGGAAGUGGCUCAGUCUUGGAGGAGACUCGAGGCCACCGCCAGAAGACGAAGAAUCCUGCUGCUGUUCUCCUGGUGCGAGGCGUUGGUGCUAUCAGGAUUGCCCUUGCCGACGUGGAUCGUUUUGUUAGCGACAAACCGCCGCAGGUCACAGCGAAGAGCAAGCUGGAGCAGGCCGUCUUCUUUGGCAUUAAAGACGACAACCCUCUGAUAUUUGAAGGUCGAAGAGAUCUGCAGUUUUCAAGCCAGGAGAUCGGAGAAGCUGCCAUCGAGCUGAGCUUCGAGAUUGUGAGCUCAAAGACACCUCACAUCACGAGCUUGCCAGCCUCGCUAGAGAUCAACAUGCGGACACGAAUCAGCUAUUUGGAAAAAUUGAUGGACCACCUAAAUGCGCUGAAGGUCGACCUCAGUCAAAAUGCACGCCAAACUCUGCUCUUCAAUGCCGAGAAGAUGACCGUCGCGUCGUGGGUCUGGAAAAAGCACGAGGAAUUCCUCGCGGAGCGCCCAAAGGAAGACAAGAAGAGCAUCGUUUCCGAGACAGCCGUUUACAUCAACGAGGAGCAGAAGACGGAGCCGAACGUGGCGAUCGGCCAAGUCGACCCCGUCCGGCACUGGUUCAUCCACGACGUCUGGCGUCUCGAUAUCUUCAUCGCUUGGGGCUACCAAAUCAUCAAGUACCACUAUCAGGAACGCCUCUCCGACACGGCUGGCAUCAACCGCUUGAUCUACGAAGCCGUCACGAUCUGCACCGGGGCGCUUCAACGUGCUCAUCUCUACCGCAAGCAUUACGGCUCCACCUAUGGCGUCGAACAAUUGUCUAGCAAGGAGGUCACCCUGGAGCCCUGGACUGCGACGCACUUCAUAACCAACAACUACAAGCGUCUCAUCGAGUUCUGCUACCCCUGGAUGGAGGAGUACUACCUCCACGGAUCGGGUGACGCCGUCGACCCAGGACUUCUGGAGUCCACCCGACAACAACUCGAGCCCCUUACAAGCGUGUAUCUCGCUGCACUCACCGAGUACGCAUCGUGGGCUGAUCAUAGCGACGAUGAACAGAUCCGGCGCUGGGGCAAGAUCUGUCGUGAUGGCUACAAGAAGGACUCGCGCGAGAAGAUCCUUAGACUCAAGGAAUUCAACCUCUGGGACGAAGCGAUUGCUCUGGCCGAACAGCACCGUAGAUGCGAUGUCAUGGCCGAGGUUCUGGUGGAACAAAUAUGCUCCCUACGACAGCAGGCCUCGACAAGGACCAUAUCCGCAAGCACGGCCAAGGAGCAACUCGCGCUAGCUGCGGCCAAGGAACAGCAGAUGGGCGAGUACUUUGAAAAGUACGGUGGUGAUUUUGCGUUACCCGCCUACGAAGUCCUACUUUCGAGGAGCGGCGUCCAGGCCGUUCUGGACUUCCCCUGCGAUAAGGCUGGGUUCGCAACCAAGUUCCUCAGAACCAAGCCGGAGCUGGCAAAGAUCUCGUGGAUCAAUGACGUGGAGCGUGAAAGGGACAUUGACCAUGCUGCGGAAACGUUGAUCGACCUUGGCCUCAGCCGCGAACAGCUCGUCUGGAACAAGAAGAUCGAGCUUAGCCUCGGCAAGCUGGCGCUCAUGGCCGAAGACGCCGAGAACUCGGUUAAGGGGGGGAGCGCGAACAAUGGCCAGUCCGACAAGGAAGCUAAGACGGAGGCCACCCUGGAGAAGGUCGACCGCGAAUUGAGCAUUAUCAAGAUUCAAGAUGGGCUGUACAGCCAGAUUCUACCGUCAAUCAGCGGGGCUAUCGACGAGUCCGCCGAAGUCGACUUGGCCGUGGCCGCGCACGGUAGCCUGGUUACCAAGGAACAGGAUGUCCUCGAGGACAUCUUUAGGGAGGCCAUGACCCGCCUCGUCAAGCACAACGCCCUGGAUCCGUAUUCCUUGAUCGAUCUCCUCACUCUGGCCUACUUGGAGCCCGAGCAUAUCGACGCCAUCGGCGACCAGUUUUUCUUAGCCCUCCAGGUGGCUCGGUUCGGCCUCAAGGGUCGGGAACGCACGCGGGCCGAGCGAGUGAUCUGGAGACGGUGCUUCAUCCGAGACGACUGGGAAAGUGUCAACGAGACCAACAACAAGGCAGACUUGGAUCAGCUGGCUACGGUUGGCGAGACCGCCACCUACCGCACCUCGUUUGCGUGCAUCGCCGAACAGAUUGUUGAUCCGGAGUUCUCACCCUACGUCAAGCCCGCCAAUGCGUUGGACGCGUACACGGAAUAUGUGCCCCCGCGCUUCGCCAACAUGGACGAGAACUGGCGGAACAAGUUCCUCGAGGCGAUGAAAUGGGAGGACUCCAAGCUUCGCUACUACACGGACAAAUGCCAGCUCGAUCGCUGGUACGAGUCGACGUGGGACCUCGCGCGGAAGAUUGUCAAUAAGGCUUACGACAUGCAAACCGCCUCGAAGGUGGAAGCAGGUGCGUAUGGAAGCGCGACGAAGCCCGCUGAAGAGGAUGACGAGUACGCGGGUGGGUUGCUGUGA